CAAAAUCCCAAAAUCUCUUGAAGCCUUUGAUUCAAUGCAUCCCUUUUAAAUCAUUCUAAAAUCCACAAUUUAAAUUUUAUUCAGUAACAGUGGGUUUCUGAAUAUUUUUUAUUUAUUGACAAGUUUAAAAGUUCUGAUGAAUUUUAAAGCGUUUUUGAAAAUCCACGUUUGAAUAACAAUAGAUAUCUCUAACUAGAAACCAUAUACAAGUCUCACAUAUGUGCUUCCUGACUCAUCUAAAUUUACUUUAAAGAUGACCCAAGAGGAGAUCAUAAAAACUAGUUGCUGCAUGCUUGCUACUUGUCUUUCCUCAUUGAGCAACAUAAUAAACUGAUCAAGAAAGUCUUUGACAUCAAAUUAUUUAAGAGCUUCUCCAUCUGUACCUGAGUUUAUUGAUAUGUAUAACCGUAUAACCAGAUUUUGUAAGAGAAUAGGAAAUGUUCAAAAGGGAAUAUAGGAAAGAGAGACAUAUGGAGUUUUCGAAGAAAAGACGCAAUUUUUCGAGAAAAUGAAGUUAAACAGGUCUGUUUUUUCGUUAGAUUUAAAUAUCUAAUCAGAAUUUUUUUUUAACAACAAAUAUUUAAUCAGAAUAUGUUACAGUAUUAUUUUUUUUGGUGAAAACUCCAAAUAAACAUGCAUACCUGGUGGUAGAUGCUUUAAUACAUAAAACGACCGGGUUCACGUGGUUAAAUAAUAAAUAACAGAAACCAAUAUUAGGCCUAUUAAGGAGCUUACAGCUCCAAACAUCAAGGCCCAUUAAAUGAGCCGAACCUCUUAAAGAUCUCCAAAACUGUUCAAAACCUCUCCCUCCCUCUCCUUCUCUCUUUCUCUCUCGCGAAAACAGUUCACUGGAAUCUCUCCAAGCCCAAGAUUCUCAAUUUCGUUUCUUUUCGCUCAAGUAAACUUAGCGUCAAUGCUUGGUCUCUAAAGCUAUCGACUUUGAAGAAGAAGAUCGAAUUAGGGUUCGGAAUUGUUUAGGCGGUUGGUUUCUUUAUCAUCAAACAAUCGAAACUCUGAAGUCAAUUCAAGAUUUGACUCGCUUAUCUUUGGGCUGAAGCUAUCAUGGCGCAGAGUAAUUGGGAAGCUGAUAAGAUGCUUGACGUUUACAUAUAUGAUCAUCUGGUGAAAAAGAAACUGCAUAACACUGCUAACUCGUUCAUGACUGAAAGGAAAGUCUCUCCGGAUCACGUUGCAAUUGAUACUCCUGGUGGGUUUCUGUUCGAGAGGUGGUCUAUGUUCUUGGACAUCUACAAUGCUAAGACGAAAGAGAAGCUUUUAGACUCUGCUGUAGAGUAUGAGCUUAACGUUUACAUAUAUGAUUAUCUGGUGAAGAAGAAACUGCAUUACACUGCUUACUCGUUCAUGACUGAAGUGAAAGUCUCUAUGGAUCCUGUUGCAAUUGAUACUCCUGGUGGGUAUCUUUCUCAGUGGUGGUCUGUGUUCUGGGCCUUCUUCGUUGCUAGUACGAAUGAGAAGCAUUCGGAGUCUGCUGCAGAGGCGCAUCAAGGAGGUGUUUCGGCAGCAAUUCAGUCAAGCAUUCAGCAGACCCCUCUUAUCAACAUGCCGCAAGGACAGCAAUCUUCUUCUCACCAACAAGAUCCUUUUCAAUCACAGCAGCCGUCAACGUAUACCCCUGUCGAAAGAGUAGCUAUAACUCGUAACAUGCCAAAAGGGCCAAUGAUGUAUGGUUAUGAUGCAAACCAACUGCGUUAUGAGAUGUGGGCUGACAUGGACCCGUUUGGAGAUGUGGGAGCCCUAGAUGAUGAAGAUGUAGAGAGAGUGUUUAACUUCAUAAACUGGAACCCUUCUGAGUAUUAUAUAGAGGCGCAACAAGAUAAAGCGAAGGAGCAGCAAAUUCAAAUGAAGCAACCGAAUCCAAUGAACACUGAGACAUCCCAACCAGGAACAACCUAUAAUGGUGAGAUGGAUCAAGGGAAUCAUCAAGGAGGAGGUGUAUCGGCAGCAGUACUGAAGCAACUUAAGUCACGAACUCAGCAGACCCCUUUGGAAGCUGGAGAAGGAGAGUCACGUAAGCGAUGCAAAUGCAAAAAGUCCAAGUGUUUGCAACUUAAGUGUGAAUGCUUUGCUGCUGGAGUCUAUUGUUCUACAGAGCCACCAUGCUCAUGUUUAUAUUGCCACAACAUACCUAUUCAUAACGAUACCAUCUGGGCUAGUCGCGAAAACAUCGAGUCUCGGGACCCACUUGCAUUUACUCCUAAAAUCAUCGGUAGAAGCUCAGAUUCAGUUCAAGAAACCAGGGAGGGCGAUGCUAGCAAAACUCCAGCUUCUGGCCGCCAUAGACGUGGCUGCAACUGCAAGAAAUCAAACUGUUCGAAGAAAUACUGUGAAUGCUUUCAGGGCGAUGCGGGCUGUUCCAUAAAAUGUAGAUGUGAAGAUUGUAAGAACACAUUCGGCGUUAAACCUUCUUCUUAGCUUCAGUUUCCAAACCCAACAAAGAAAAAGAUAAACAGUUGGGCAAAAGGUUAUAUGUACAUUCAUUUUUACUAUUAGAAAACGAAGUUUGCUUUUUGUAAAAGAUAUUUGUUGCAAGGGGAAGUCGAACCCGUGUGUGGGAAAUGAGACUUAGGUUCAAUGUAGUCAUAUAAAUUCAAACUGUACACUGCGAGAUAACUUGGUUAAAUACUUUUUGAAAGAAAAUUGUUUUUGUUGUACA